AUGAAUGUUUCUCUAUUGAUAGUGGUAUGCGUGUUUAUUCUUGUCGCCUUCUCUCAUGCAUCCCUUGGUCAAGGCGUUGCAAGCUGUAACGGAUGCUGCCAACAGGGAAAUUACCAAGAAAUAAGUGAUUCCCGACGCAGUUCAAAAAGCGUAUGGAAGCCAGGUCAAACCCCGCUAUGUGAUCAAACUCUGAAAGAAGGUUGGUAUCGCUUUACCAGCUUUGUUGGAGGAGCAAUGCCGACUUCGAUGGUAAAGCAAAACCACUGCGGUACUAAAGCUCCGAUUUGGUUGAAGGAAGCGCAUCCCGCUACUAAUGUGAUAACAUCAGUUAAAGCCUGCGUAAACAUAUUUGACAGAAAAGGUGGUUGUUUUUACGAAUUUGGAAUAACUGUGAAGAACUGCGGUGGGAAUUAUUACGUCUAUUAUCUCAAGCCGACAUAUUCUUGUUACAUUGCCUACUGUGCUGGAAAUGGACGGCCUUGCCCUUAUGGACAGAAAGGAACAUCAUUUGAUACGUGCUCAGCUGCAGGAUCUGUGAAAUUUCCAAGUAGCACAUACUUGGGAAGACCAACUAUAGGCUAUGUGGGCGCCGGUACGACUGCAACUGACACAGACGAAGUCAAACUCUAUUGCCAAGUGUCUCUUCUGAAGGGUAUUGAGCUUUGGAGGAAUGUGACGUACCGUAUCCAGUGGUACUCGGAAGGAAAGCUAAUAGAUGCUGCGGCACCGUUCUGCCUUCCAAAGAGUGGUCAGUUAGAAAAUGAUAAACCUUGUCCAGGUUCAGGUCGGGGAAAAGAAAUCCGUUCUCAAUUAAGCAAGUUUGAGCCAGGCCAGAGAAUAUCAUGCAAUGUAUCUGCGAGGUUCACUAAUGUUAAUUCCAGUAGCUGGUCAGACCCACUGCACGUCACGCAGCCAUUUUUUGCUGGCAUAGAGGUCUAUCCUACCACCCUCAUCAUAAAGGAAUGUGACACCCCUAAAAAUAUCACACUCACUCCAACAAUACCAGUGCGGAAAAAUUUCCUUGGCCACUACCUCUUCGUGAAGUUUUUUCUUCCUCCAGGCCUAUGGAUCAUGGAUAAGAAAAACUGUCACAUACAAAUGGAGGAAACCAAAUCUGUUACAGUACAGAUAGGGGCCACCUGUACAACUCUUCAUGGCAGCAAUAAGCUGAAUGUUGUCACCCCUACGUUUACUAACCAUGCCCAUAGUAAAUUCUGGGCUUACUUCGGUCUGCCUACAAUCUGGGUUACUGUACAACAAAAAAACACUGAGACGAGGAAAUGCAGAUCUGUAACUGAUCCUCACAUCCGUAUGAUGGAUCCAAGCGUGGGUUGGAGAGAUUUCAUGGGCCAUGGUGAUUUUACUUUGUACAGCAACACCGAAAAAAACUUUGAGGUGCAGACAAGACAGUGGGCCUGCAACAAUGCCAAAAGCGUAACUUGUAACUGCGGAGUCAUAUUACGAGAUCAUAAUGACCUUAUUAAAUUUAGUUGCUGCAAUCCAAGUCUCACCAGAGAUGACACCACACCAAUACAAGUUACCAUACCUCGGAGUAAAUGCCUAGCCCCAGGAAUAUCCUUGAAACAGCUUAUUAGAGGUUUUAACAGCAAGUACGAGGUUAUAUUUCCCACUGGAAUAAAGGUUGACUUGGAAAGAAAUUAUUGGGGCAUAGAUGUCACCAUCUACGCUCCGCGAGCGGAAAAAGAGGCUAACGAGGACGGAUUAUGCACGUAUUUACCAACAAAGGGUGAUAUAAAUACAUUCGGAAACAGUCAAAGAAAAUUCCCAAGUUACUUCCAUAAACUUCCAGGCAAGAUCAAUGAACACAGUGGUGGAGUAAACUUUGAAAAGGCCUGUGCUUGCAGCGAAGACGAAAACAAAAAUAUAACAGAUGAAUGUCAUGAUGGAAUACCUGUUUUCUUCCCGGGCCUCCCAACUAAUCAAAGGCUUAAUAGAAUACUGAUGUGUAACAGGAAUGUUAAGAGAGACAUAACAAGUUCGGAUGACCUGACGGAGGACGAUUUUGAGUUGUUCAAGAAACGUGAUCAUCCAGAAGUUCAUGAGCGACAAAAACGAUCGAUAGUUCAAGUUUCAAAGGAAAAUGCGACGCGGUAUUGCACGGAAAAACUAGCAAAUACAACCAUGGGAAAAUUGUGUGCCAAGUUAGGAACAAACAUACAAGCCCUAGUUAAUGUUUGCUCGGCUGAUAUCGAGUACACUGGCGACCUUUCUUUUGCCAUUGGAGCUGUUUCCCUUUUAAUGAGUGAAUGCAACGACGAGGCAGUCCGCAACAUGACAUUUAAUGCAACUGACGUGACUGACGUGGAAAUGCCUACAAUAGUAGACCAGAUUGCAAGGAUCAUGUGUCCUAAUGACUGCGCUUUUGAUGGCAAAUGUGUCCACGGAUCAUGUCUUUGCGAUAAAGGCUAUACUGCUGACGAUUGCUCAAUAUCAGUUUACCAAAAUCCCUCUAUAAAGCGUCUUCAAAGCGAUGGAUUAUGUGAUAGGCGACAAAGACCAUGUAAGAGGGCAACCGUUUUAGGAACUCAAUUUUUAAAUUCGACCAAUUUGACCUGCCAUAUAACUGAAGUCAAGAUUUGGAACAGUUCAUGGGUACCAAAUGAUGCCGAGGUUAAAUAUCCAGCGGUGAUGACGGAUCUUGUUCUAGUGGACUGCUUUUUACCAGAUUCCCCAGUGAUGGUUAGGCAAUAUGAUGAGAAUGUGAAAGGAACACCAGCAGCUGGACUGAUGAUUUCAGUGUCAAACAAUGGCUUCUCUCAAAGCGACCAGAAACUUAAGUUCAUAUCCUACGACUCUGUUUGUUUGAACUGUAAUUCUUCACAAGGAUGCUUUCUGAAGACAAAUUCUUGCCUAAUCAACAAUUAUUGCUUCGCAUCUAAUGAAGCAAAUCCAGGGGACUGGUGUAGUCAAUGCCUGCCUCAUAUUGAUGCAAAUUCUUGGAGUAAGCGACAAGUCAACCACCCACCCAAAUUCACACCCAAGACUGACUACUAUGCACUUUAUGGAGAGAAGCUUGAGCUGCUGAUCGAAGUAUCAGAUCCUGAAGGUAUGCCAGUAACCAUCUCUAGUUUGGAAGGCACUCCCAAAGAAGCGAGGAUACAGAACAAUAUUUUAUUUUGGAAUGUCACAACGAACAAAACCACUCAAUUCUACUUUGAAGCCACCGACAGUUGUCAGGCUUCAUCUACUUUAAACAUCACCAUCGCCAUCAAUGUCUGUCCAUGUAAAAACAAAGGUAUAUGCGUGCCUCACAAGCCCAGAGGAAGUGGUAUUUACACGUGUGACUGUGCCGGAGGAUAUACGGGGCAAUAUUGCGAGACAGAAAUUGAUGAAUGUCAGUCUUUUCCUUGUUUACGAGGGCAGUGUAUCGAUGGAAUUAACAACUACACCUGUAUCUGUGAUGAUGGAUUUGAUGGCAGAAAUUGUGAUAACGAUAUUGAUUAUUGCCAGUCAUCUCCUUGUUCUCACGGAAAUUGUACCGAUCAGGUCUAUGGUUAUCAAUGCAGUUGUGCAUCAGGAUACUCUGGAAAACAGUGCAAUGUGGACAUUAAUGAAUGUCAGUCAUCGCCUUGCUUAAAUGGAACGUGCCUUGAUUUAGUGAACAAUUACAGCUGUAUAUGUAAAGCUGGCUUUACAGGGCGUGAUUGUGAUAUCCCGAUCACGCGCUGCAAUCACGGCUCUUGUUAUCCUGGUGUACAAUGCACAAAGAAUAACCUCACGAUAUCUUGUGCCUCAUGCCCAUCUGGCUAUACUGGGGAUGGAAAAAAUUGUAAAGACAUCGAUGAUUGUCAUAGUCAUACCUGUCGAAACGGAGCAACCUGUGUUGAUGGUGUUAACGAUUAUACGUGUUCAUGCGUGUUUGGCUUCACUGGACCCAAUUGUGAAACUGUGGUACCCAGCAUCAAUGAGCAGUCAUCUCUACACACUACACACUUCCCUAAGUCCUCAGCGUCAAGGGUGAUUUUAUCUGACACCAAUGUAGCAGUCAUUCCUACGGCCACACACGUGUUUGCGUCAAGUUUCAGUACUCUGAUUAGCGCAUCACAGAAAAUAAGUCCAUCUUCGUCCUCGAAAGAGCUCGGUAUUUCUUCCUCGGUCGGUAAGUUAUUUCCUACAACUGAUCACAAAAAUCAAAAAACCUCAGCGCCACCAACAACUGUCGAACCACGCACUAAGGAACCAUCGACAGAAAAGGUGAAAACAGACUCGCCUGAGACAGACGAACCCAAGACCAAAGAACCAACAAUAGAGGAAAUCAAAACAGAACUUAUCGUCGAAUUACGUGUGAAGACGGAAUGGAAUGAUGAAUUAAAAGAGAAAAGCAGUUCAGCAUUCAAAAAGUUGUCUCUUGAAUUUGUAAAAGAGAUACAGGAGCUAUAUUCCGAGGAUGACAACUUUAUUGCCGUAGAGAUAUUAUCAUUCAAGAAGGGAAGUAUCCUUGUUGAAUUUAAGCUAACUUUUAAAAAGAAGCUAGAAAAUUCAGAGGCAUUGACGCCACUAAAAGAGGGAAUAAAAGGUGGCCGGAUGGGCCCUUGGAGCGUUGAUCCUGAAUCCCUGAAAGUAAACGAGCAAGGAGAAGGACCGACAGAGUCAAGUUUUCCUUUGCCAAUGGUAAUCGGUAUUUCGUGUGGUGGAUUUCUUGUUCUUGGUCUCACUACAAUUUGCAUCGUUCGCCAAUGCCAGCGAAGCAAGGGUAAGAUCAAAUCACGUAGGUCGAAUGGGAUACCCACUGAAGUUCCGCUCCCUAUUCUCACCUCUUACGCCUUGAAUGAUGAAAAGGAUGGCAAUGCUCCUUAUGAAGAAAAGCCAGUCUCCCAUAUUGGAAACAAUCGGUAUGAAGCACUGGGCAUCUCAAAUGAAGCCGUGCAUUAUGAGAAGCUGGGCGCCCUGAGUCCCCUUGCAAAUCGCUAUGAUGAUUUGGGUACCCUGAAUGAAGCCGCUUCCUUCGAAGAAUUAAACCUCUCGAAUAACACUGGUGAAAAUAAAGAAAUCUCCUCCUUUAACAAAGCUUAG